AUGCCAGGUCAGCAGAUUCUAUGCGUGGCAGAAAAACCCGCUAUUGCAAAGGCUGUAGCACAGCAUCUGGCUGGUGGCCGGUUGCAAACACGUAACGUGCGAGGUAACCAAUACGUCAAGAACUAUCAGUUUACCUACAAUUUUCCGCUAUGGGGAGAUUGUGAUGUGAUAAUGACAAGUGUCCUUGGCCACUUGACAGGUCUGGACUUUGACCAGAGAUAUAGAAAGUGGACGUCGUGUCCACCAAGUCAGCUGUUCGAGGCACCUAUUCAAGUGACAAUUGACCACGACAAGAAAGCGAUCGCCGAGAACAUCUCUCAACAAGCUCGCUAUUCUAGGAUCCUCUUCAUCUGGACCGACUGCGAUCGAGAAGGCGAGCAUAUCGGUACGGAAGUCCGAAAUGAGGCUUUGAAGGGCAAUCCUCGCAUUAUUGUCAAGCGAGCCAGGUUCAGCAACACCGAGAAGAACCAUGUCGUUCAAGCCGCACGUAAUCCUAUCGAUCUCGAUGAACAUCAGGCAAACGCAGUGGCUGCUCGCAUUGAGCUUGAUCUACGCAUUGGGGCGGCCUUUACCAGGUUCCAGACCUUGUCUCUACAAAACCUGUCCGAAAAGCUUGAGAACCAGUUACUGAGUUAUGGCUCGUGUCAGUUUCCAACGCUAGGUUUUGUGGUAGACAGGUACUACCGUGUCCGUAACUUCAAGCCUGAGAGCUUUUGGCUGAUCAAAGUUAUGCAUAAGCGUGAGAAUAUCAAGGUCAACUUCAAUUGGAGAAGGGUGCAUCUGUUCGAUCGAGCUGCGGUGACCAUCCUCUUUGAACAAUGUCUAGACUCCAAACAUGCCAAAGUCACCAAAGUUCAGAAGAAACCAACUUCAAAGUGGCGACCAUUACCACUUACAACAGUUGAGCUCCAAAUGCAAGGGAGUCGUUUCUUGCGCAUGAACAGUCAUGAGGUGAUGUCUGUCGCAGAGAAGCUGUACCAGAAAGGUUUCAUCAGCUAUCCGAGGACAGAAACCGACCAGUUCUCAAGGGACUUCGACCUGAAGGCACUUGUUCGAAAGCAGACGCAGCACAAUAGCUGGGGUCAGUAUGCACAAGGACUGCUAGAUGGUGCUUUCAAGCAGCCACGCCCCGGCCGCAAUAACGACCAGGCGCAUCCUCCAAUCCAUCCAGUAAUACAUGCCGGCGACAACGCUCUUGAUGCCAAUGAGAGAAAGGUUUACGAAUUUGUGACUCGUCGCUUUUUGGCAUGCUGCUCAGAAGAUGCAAAGGGUGAAGCAAGCGACAUUGAGAUUGAAUGGGGGCCAGAAACGUUUCAUGCUCAUGGAUUAGUUGUUCUGGAGCGUAACUACCUUGACGUCUAUGUUUAUGAUAAGUGGGAAAGCAGCCAACAACUACCUCGCUACACUCUCAACGAAACCCUUGAACCAACUGAAGCCAACAUGACUGAUGGAAAGACAACUCCGCCGACGUACCUUACUGAGCCCGAAUUGAUUGGGUUGAUGGACGCCAAUGGCAUCGGCACUGAUGCAACUAUGGCUGAACAUAUCCAGAAAAUCAAGGAUCGACACUAUGCUCAAAGUCGUUCUAAGGCUGGUGGUGGCAGAAAUCAAGUACAGGAAUUCAUUCCAACCGUGCUCGGAGUAGCGUUAGUUGAAGGCUACGAUAAUGUUGGCCUUGACGUCAGUGUCAGUAAGCCAUUCUUGCGAAAAGAGAUGGAACUCAAGAUGAAAGCCAUCUGUGAGGGUCGAAAAUCCAGGAGAGAAGUGGUCGAUGAGAGCUUAGAGCAAUACCGGGAAGUUUUUGUCAAAACACAGCGCGAGAUCGAUGCCUUGAAACGUUCGGUCACAAAAUAUGUUGUCAACGAUGGCCGAGAAUAA